GCUUUUCACUGAACUGGUUGCAUGACCCGUUGUCUACCGUUUAUUAAUCAUCAGCAAACCACUCGGUGUAUAUUAAAAGCCAGCUUUUUACGGAGAAUAUUCUAAUUAUAUACCUACACAUUUUUCAAAUUAAAUAUCUAAUUGCAGAUCAGGCAAUCAUUGAAAAAUGAGUAACGGAGAUCGAGUAACGAAUAAUACGGUUGAAAAUUGUGACAAUACAAACAUGAAAGAACAAGAAAUAACAAAAAGGCAAGAAAUUGAAAGCAUUGGUAAUUUUUUACUAAAACUCUAUCAUGGCAGAAUUAUUGGACCCCACAAUGAUUGGUCGUGCAAAGAGAGCGACAUUCAGGAGGAAUUUCAAAAUUAUUUAACGCCAGCAUUGCGUCAACGUUUUAAGGAUCACAUGAAAAACUUAUAUGUUUUAUUUAGCCGCAGUGGUUUUAUUACUAACGUAACCUCAAAUGUGUAUACAUUUCAAUACGAGUGUAUACUUAAAUUUCGAAGUGAAAAGCUGAAAGAACACGAUCAAUUGAGAAUGAAACCAAUAGUUCGAGUUACUAAGAAGAAAGACAAUACUGACGUAAAAUUGAGUGAGACUGAAGCAGCGGCUAUAUUGAAAGAAAAUUUUACAGUUGAUGAAUAUUCUCACCGGUACAAUUUGAUCUACCAAGGGACUAGAGAAGAAAUUCUCCAAUCUAACUUCCAACCUACCAAUAUGAGUUGUUAUAUAUGUAGGGAACAAUUUGCCACAAUGGAAGACUAUGAAGAACACAUUGAAUAUCAUAAUAUUACAAGUGAAUUUAAAUAUCUUGAGGAAAAAUUGGAGAAGCGACAAACUUCACUGUUUUCCUUGUCGUAUCAGCUAUGCACAAAUUCGCAUCAUUUUUGUUUUACCCUAAACACUCCGGCGGGUCAAGGAGGUGAAGAUCAGCUGGUAUUUGAUCGAAUAAUCAUUAUUCAGGCACAUUCUAUGGCAGACAUUGUCUAUGAUGAGCCUCUAACAAAGGAUGGUUUCGUUUUCUAUGUUGAUUCACAUCUAUUCACCCGUUGUUGGGAGCAACCUAUCGUUUUGAUUUUCCACAAUAAAGAUGACAAAAAUCGAAAUUUUAUAGAGGAGCAUCAUAUAAUGGUGGACCAUGAAUAUCCUCGAGUGCACCUUGCCAUAAAACCCAAUAGGUUGCCAUCACAUUUGGUUUUUGAUUCCAAGCUCAAAUUGAAUUCAUACUUUCCGCCGUCAAAUGUCUACAAGUGCCUGAAGGAUAACAAAAAUGUUGAAGCAAUAAAAACCACAUCGGCCGCCCUUGACGAAUAUGUUCGUAACGAUAGAAGCUUGCAGCCGGAAACAAUACAUGAUGUAUUAACGGCACUACUUCGAAUCGAAGAUGUCGAAACAAUUAUGCAGUAUUUGAAACUGUCUCUCAGGAAUGUAAAACUGCGAAGUUUCGGUGACGAUUACAGUUUUUCGAUAAGACGUAGCAAUCGGUCUAACACUCAAUAUGAAAAUAUUUUAUCAAUUAUGGAUGAAAUUCUUAUUACCAAUGCCCAUUUGCGAUUAGAUGAAAUUUCAGUAAAUAAUUUAAUUUCAAAAAAUUCCGAUGAUUUGGAAGAUCUUGGCAUUGUUGUUGGUCGCAUACAAAACCUUAAAUAUGGCCGUGUUUCAUUUAAAAGUGACAUCAAGUUGGAUAUUCAUGCGAGUUACACCGUUAUUUUUCGGCCAUCACGCUUGCAAUUGCGUUAUCAAUACCGCGGUCUGGAGGGUUUGCCCCAAGCUAUGCUUUGUCUGAAGAAGUUCUUAUUUCCCAUUGAAGUUUCGGCGAGACAACUUGCUCUAGUGCCUGUUAUGGAGUUGUACAAUAAAUCGAUUGCCGACAAUCCAGAGCAGUUACAAGCUGUUUGUAAUAUUGCCCAGGGUCCCCGUAACGAUGCACCCUAUAUCAUUUUUGGACCUCCUGGAACUGGCAAAACAACAACUCUUGUCGAAUCUAUUUUACAAGUUUUCAAACGCGAGAAAAGCAAAAUACUUAUAACCGCUUCUUCGAACAGUGCAUGCGAUGAGGUGGCAUUGCGUUUAUGUAAAGCAUUCCAAGACAUCGAUAUUCCCGCCCGGGCAAUAGUCCGCGUCUAUUCAAAAUCGAAUGAGAUACGUAAUGAAACAAUCGACGAAUUACUCUUAGAAUACUCAAAUAUGUAUAGUACCCAUUUUUAUCCGUCCGUUGAAGUUCUACAUGAAUAUCGUAUUGUUGUGUGUACCAUGUCCAUCGUUGCCAAAUUGGCCAGUGGUGGUUUCGGCCGUGGCACAACAUUCACUCAUAUGUUCAUUGAUGAGGUGGCUGCGUCUACAGAAUGUGAAGCCAUAACGGCCAUGUCUGCAAUUCUUAAACAAAACUCGUGUUUAAUAAUAGCCGGCGAUCAUAAACAAUUGGGACCUGUUCUCCAAUCAAAACUUGCCGAGGAACUGCAACUAGGCGUAUCGUUGAUGGAACGUCUUUUAAAAUAUGAUUGUUAUCGUGUCAGCGAAGUGACUGGAGAAUACGAUCGCAGCAUACAAACUCGUUUGAGAAAAAAUUUCCGCUCCCACCCGGAAAUUGUUGAUUUGUACAGUGGCAUGUAUUACGACAAUGAACUGGAAGCACGAGCCAAUAUUGACGAUGUGUCCAUGACAAAGCAUUGGCAUUUAGCACCCAACACCAAUUAUCCCAUUAUAUUUCACUCCGUCAAAGGUAGAUCAUUUAGCGACAAGAAAUCUCCCAGUUUGUACAAUCCCGAUGAACUAGAUGUUGUUUUGGACUAUGUGAAGGACCUUAUGUAUUUUGGUGUUAAUGACAAACCGCUUAACCAAACUGAUAUUGGUGUUAUAUCGCCGUAUAAGAAACAAUAUUUAAAUAUUCGCGAUGAACUAAACUUGCGUAGAUGGCACAACAUUGAAACGGGUUCGGUGGAAAUUUUUCAAGGCAAAGAAAAGGAAGUUAUAAUUACAUCGUUCGUACGCUCCGGUACAGAUUCCCUGGGCUUCCUGGAAAGUGAAAGACGUUUAAAUGUGACCCUUUCUCGAGCAAAAUCUUUACUUAUUCUAAUUGGCAAUGCUGAGACAUUGAGUCGAAAUUCCGAUUUUCAACAUAUAAUUGAACAAUGCAAACAAAAUGGAACGUUUAUUGAAGAAGUCAGGACCAAGGCGGAUAUUGACUAUCCUGCGCAAAGUAAGAGACUUUCCCGAAAAGAGCUGCAAGCUCAAUGUAGAUUUUACCGGCUUCGGCGACUUCAACAAAAGGAAGCUAGGAAAGCCAUUCCCGAUAAAGAAAAUCUCACAACAAAUCCAAAGACUUUGUCUCUUCUGAAGGAACAAUUGUCGGGAAGUACUAAAAACAUAAAGACAAAAGAAACAGGCGUUGAAAUCAACGAUAAUAAACGCUAUCGCGGUCGACAUGGUAGACGUAGUAAUCCAUCAAACAUCAAACAUAUGAAAACUAGCGAGGCACUUUUUAAUGUUGAUGGAGGCAAAUACAGAACUCGUUGCAGACGUAAUUCCAAAAAAACUCAAGAAGAUAAGGAAAAUAACAAGAUAUCUACCAUAAAUCCCACCAAUCGACCAAAAACUGUCCAAAAGAAUAACCAGUCUGUCCCGAAUAGAAGUGAAACUAAGCAAAAAGUGGCAACAUUUGUAAGAGAGAGAAAUAAUGGAACGGCUCUUAAAACGUCCAAAAACAUAAAACAAAGUACAAAACUACAUCAAGUUAUUAGUCAACUAAAUGAUCUGUUAUUAAAACCAAAUCCAUAAGAUUUCGUAUGGGCUAUUUUCCCUCAAAUUUAUGCAUUAUAAAAUGUAACCCUAAGAGAAAAUGUAUUGUUUUUAGUUUUUCUAGUUAUGUAUGUAGUUGUUUAUGUAAGUUUUUACACACUUAAAUACAUUUUUACUUGAUAUUUUCUUUAAGAAAAAUAUCAAAGAGACAAAUAU